AUGCACACCCCUACUCUCUCCCGUCGCCUCUCUCCUCCAUCUUUGUUGUGCGAAGGUCAAAGAAAUGCAGAGAAGAAGCUGGAGCAGCCAUGGCCGUCGCACGCCACCAGCCGGAGCCUCGCCGUUCGUCCGUCGCCGCCCGCGCGCCUCGCCCGCUUGCCCGACCCGUCGAAGACCAGCGAAGCUUGCAGCACCGUCGAGGAAGCUGCUCGCCGCCCACGCCUCUGCUCGCCGCUGCCGGAAGUCGCCGUCCUCGCCCCGCGUCGUCUCACCGCCGAGCUGCCGUCCUCGCGCGCCGCUGCUGGCUGCGCGUCUUGGCGGUCUUCUCGCCCAACUCAUUGUCCCGAGCUACUGUUCAGCUCGCGCAGGAGCCGCCGGAGCUCCCUUCGGCCAUCGUAUGCCACCACCUCGGCUCACCGGAGCCUCGAUUGCCCUCCACCGGCCUUGCCUUGCCAUCUCAGCCCCGAUCCGCCUCAUCUAGCUGCGAACAGAGGGUUGCAGAAAAUGGGUAUGGCAACGGACGUUUGGCCCGUUUUGGCCGACUUCCCGGCCCCGGAUGCUCGGCCCGCCUUGAGAAAAGUCGAUCAUCGCGUCGUUCUCGUCGUUUUGAUGAAUAACUUCAAAGGGCUGAUUCCUUCAUACCUAGAAAUGUAUCAGAGCUUGACAUUACUAGAUCUUUCUAGCAACAAUCUUAGUGGUCCUAUAAUAUUCCCCAUGGUUGGGAGCCUCAUCUAUUUGAAUUUGUCUUGGAAUUGUCUGAGUGGAGUCCUUCCGAUGGAAAUCGGGAACUUGAAACAUCUUAAUUCAAUGGAUGUCUCGGGAAAUAUUCUGGACGGUGAAAUCCCGAGCAGUCUAGGCAAUUGCGAUGGAUUGGUAACACUAAGAAUGCGAGGCAACCUCUUCCAUGGAUCCAUUCCUCAGUCAAUUAACUCAUUAAGAGGCCUUGAGGUAUUAGAUCUUUCCAACAACAAUUUCUAUGGUGAAAUUCCAAAGUUCUUAGAGGCAUUUCAGUUUUUGGAAAAUCUAAAUUUAUCUUACAAUCAUUUGGAAGGCCCGCUACCAAUUCAAGGAGUUUUGGGGAAUGUGAGUGUGACUUUUGUCACAGGAAAUGAAAAGCUCUGUGGAGGAAUGCCUGAAUUUGGGCUUCCUAAGUGCAUCUCUCGAAACUCCAAAAGUGGAGGAGUCAUCCAUAAGUUGAAAAUCACCAUUGCUGUUGUUUUUGGUCUUCUCGGAAUAACUCUUGUUGUCACUUUCUUAUAUCUAUGUUGGUUGAAGCAGAAAAGAAACGAGCCAACUUCAAGUGGCUCAAACAUUUCAUUGUUGAAUCUGUCUUAUGGAACUCUCCUAAAAGCGACCGAUGGUUUUUCUUCAACUAAUCUGAUUGGGGUCGGAAGUUUUGGGUCCGUCUACAAGGGACUGCUCCAGGAGAAUGGAAAUGUCAUUGCGGUGAAAGUGCUUAAUUUAACGCGGCAUGGUGCACUCAAGAGCUUCAAAGCUGAGUGUGAGGCAUUAAAGAGUAUAAAACACAGAAAUCUUCUGAAAGUCUUGACAGUGUGCUCAGGCGUUGAUUAUAAGGGUGAUGAGUUUAAGGCUUUAGUUUAUGAGUUCAUGGUCAAUGGCAACCUAGAAGAGUGGCUGCACCCAAAUCCAGCUCCAAAUAAUGCAGAUGGGCACUCGAAGAAAUUGAGUUUCCUCCAAAGGAUAAGCAUUUCCAUUGAUGUUGCUUUUGCAUUAGAUUAUCUCCACAAUCAAUGCGAAAUCCCCAUCAUUCAUUGUGAUCUAAAGCCAAGCAAUAUCCUUCUAGAUGCUGACAUGGUUGGACAUGUUGGUGACUUUGGGUUGGCGAAGAUUGUCCUUGAAUCCACGUUUGACACUAGAGCAAGUAUGAGUUCUAUUGGUUUAAGAGGAACAAUUGGUUAUGCUGCUCCCGAAUAUGCUUAUGUAAGCCAGGUCUCAAGAGAAGGUGAUGUCUACAGUUACGGCGUCCUCUUAUUAGAGAUGUUCACGGGAUUAAGUCCCACUAGCGACAUGUUGAGAGAAAAUUUGAGUCUUCAUAAUUAUGUUGAUGAGGCUCUGCCCCUACAAGCUAUGGAGAUUACCGAUCCUGGGCUAUUUCACGAAGGAGAGAGCCACAGCAGUUCUCAAGAUCUGCUUCGCGAAAGAAACCACAUAUUUCAUGAGUGUUUGGAGACAAUAUAUCGUAUUGGACUUGCUUGCUCUAUGGAGGAGCCUAGAAGACGCGUGAGCAUGGACAAAGUUGCGACCCAACUGUGCUUAAUCAGGAAGAAACUUUUUGCAGCUUCUUUAGUUGGAUGA